CUGCUUUCCCACUUCCUGCUGUUAUUGUGGUGUAAAUGUGGACGGCCCCCCCUCUUUAGUAUGCGUCAUGUAGACAUUUCUUACUGCCUGUUGGUAGACAGAGGCCUCAGUUAUCUUUCCCCUCCCUCUUAUUCCUCUUUCCUCCUCAUACCUCUCUGUUCUGCCUCUGGGGAUGUUAGGAACGACAUUAAAAUACCGCUCACUGCACCUGUCAUUGGAUUAUUGCUGGAAACAGUGCAGUUAAGAUCUUACAGAAGAAGAUUAUCAGAGAAGAUGAAUCGCUCCUGUGUAAACUGCUUGAAAAAUAUGAUGAUAUAUCUCAACUUUCUCUGCUGGCUGUGUGGAGCGUUUGUGGUAGCGUUUGGGAUAUUCCAGAUGAUGCACUCCAAGUUUGCCUCCCUCAUCACCACCUUCUGGCCCAUCUACCCCGCCAACACUCUGGUGGUCACUGGUACCAUUGUUACCUGUGUGUGUUAUGUGGGAGUGCUGGGGGGCAUGAAGGAGAACCGCUGCAUGCUCAUCAGUUUCUUCGUCCUGCUGUUCAUCCUGAUGCUGGUGGAACUGGCCAUGGCCUGUGUGUUCCUGGUCUACAGCAGAGAGAUCAACACGUUCUUUGAGAGAGACCUAAUGCGAAGCUUGGAGAUCUAUAGACUGUCCAGUCCUGAAAGCAACAGGACCAUUAAAGCUGACUUUGACGCUGUCCAGCACCUGUUUAGGUGCUGUGGAGUUCAUGGUGAGGCAGAUUGGAAGGGUAACGUCCCAAUUUCCUGUUGUACUGAAGAUCCCUGUAACAUCUUCCCUCAGACCAACUGGCAAGAGGGUUGUCUGGUGAAAUUGAGAGACUGGUUUGCUGGAAACUAUCGUAGCACAGGCGCAGGUGUUGUCACCAUGUUUAUCAUACAGUUUGCUUGUCUGUGUUUCACCAUCCCUCUCUUCUGCUGCUUCAGUCGACGUAGGCUGGGUUACCGGUGAAAAAGGCCCAAUAACAUCUGCAAUUCAGAGUAGCUUUCUUCUUGUCUUUUACCUGUAUUUACCAACUUUUUCACAAUUUGUUCCAAAUGCCUUAAAAGGUUGAUAUUGGUGUUCCACUUAGAGAAGCAAAGCCCCAGUUCUUUAGCCGGGAAUAAGAUGUCUGUUCUCCUAACGAGGGCAGAGCUGUCUUUGCUGCAUGGGUGACACCACUUUGGACACUUGACCUCCCGAGCACUUUGAUCUUUGGAAUGUUAUACAAACCCAAAAAAAGUAAUCCUGUAGGAUUGUUUCUGUUAGCAUUAUUUAACACCUCUAUCCAUUUUGAGUUGUCAAUAUUUUUUCUCAUGUCACAAUUUUUUGAUUUUGUGUUUUCACUUUCACAUUUUGAGUAACUGGAAAGGAAGGCCUUUAAAGUUGUAAGUACUCUCUUACUGUCCUUAAUAAACCAGAACACAUGCUGAUUUAAA